CCAUAAAUAAAAUAAAAAAGGAGUUAAAAAAAAAGAAGCUGUAUGUAUGAUGAUCGUAUGUAUAGUCUCCCCAUCGUUCCACCCUCUUCUUUCACCAACCAGUUGCAGCAUUCAGCAGUUGCAUCCAUGAACUUUGGGGUGCACUACUGCAUAUAAAGCUUUAAACUCAAAAUACCCCCUUUUUCAUAUCUAUUUUCACGAUCAAAAAUUUCCAACAUAUUCAAUUUCUUCGCGCCAUCUUUAUCCUAUCUUCUAUCAUCAAUCAUCAAUCAUCAAUCAUCAAUCAUCACCCGUCUUUGUUCCUUAUAUUACACUUCAUCGAUCCGGUCAACUGCAAUCAUCAAUCUCCAAUUUACAUUUUAUUGUCUGAAUUUCAAUUCUGGGAUUAGGGGAUAAGUGUUUAUGGAGUUGGAUUGAUAUUGCAACCAAUUCUGGGUUUUGAUCAUUAUGCUGGUUUUGUUUGAAAUUACUGGAGAUAAGCUGCUAGUGGAUAAUACUGAUGAGGGAUAUCAGCCAUUUGAUUCUACAAUUCGAUCCAGGAUACGCUGCGCCUUCAUGGGCUGUGAUUAUUGCCGGCGGCUUUGUGAUUUUGACCCUAUGUCUUUCUUUAUACCUUGUGUUUGAGCACCUUUCUGCUUACAAGAAUCCAGAGGAGCAGAAGUUUCUGAUUGGAGUCAUCUUAAUGGUUCCAUGUUAUUCUCUUGAAUCGUUUAUUUCAUUGAUGAAACCAUCAAUAAGUGUUGACAUUGAGAUAUUACGUGAUUGCUAUGAAGCUUUUGCGAUGUAUUGCUUUGGCAGAUACCUUGUGGCAUGUUUGGGUGGUGAAGAGAGAACUGUUGAUUACUUGGAAAGGGAAGGGCGUGCAGCUUCAAAAGCGCCUUUGCUAGAGCAUGGUUCUGAAAAAGGAAUUGUUAAGCAUCAUUUUCCUAUGAGUCUUUUUUUUAAACCAUGGAUCCUUGGUCGAUGGCUGUACCAAGUAAUCAAGAUUGGAAUUGUUCAGUAUAUGAUUAUUAAAGCGUUGACUGCUAUAAUAGCUGUAAUUCUUGAAGCCUACGAUGUAUAUUGUGAUGGGAACUUCAAGUUGACUUGUGGGUACUCUUACUUGGCAGUAGUGCUAAAUUUCAGUCAGUCUUGGGCCUUAUAUUGCUUGGUGCAAUUCUAUACAGUUGCGAAGGAUGAAUUGUCCCACAUACAACCAUUGGCCAAAUUUCUGACAUUUAAGUCCAUUGUGUUUCUAACAUGGUGGCAGGGGAUUGCCAUUGCUAUUCUCUAUGAUCUUGGCCUCUUCAAAAGUCCCAUAGCUCAAGCUUUGCAGUUUAAAUCAAGUGUUCAGGAUUUCAUUAUAUGCAUAGAGAUGGGCAUUGCCUCUAUUGUUCAUCUAUACGUAUUUCCAGCAAAAACAUAUGAACUAAUGGAAGAUUUUUUCCCUGGGAAUGUUGCUGUUCUUGGAGAUUAUGUCUCAGCUGACUGGCCCGUUGAUCCUGAUGAGAUUCGGGAUAGUGAACGCCCCACAAAAGUGCGUCUUCCACAACCCGAACUUCCUUCUAAGAGUGGCAUGACACUCGGCCAAAGUGUCCGGGAUGUCUUUCUUGGUGGUGGUGGAUAUAUUGUUAAAGAUUUGAAGUUUACUGUUAAUCAGACUGUGGAACCUAUGGAGAAGGGAAUCACAAAGUUCAAUGAGAAAAUUCAUGAGAUUUCACAAAAUAUCAAAAAACGUGACAAAGAUAAGAGAAAAACGAAGGAUGAUAGCUGCAUCACAUCCUCACCACCUCGGAGAGUGAUUCGUGGAAUUGAUGACCCACUUCUGAAUGGUAGCAUGAGUGAUAGUGGAGCCACAAAAGGAAGGAGGCAGAAGCACCGUAAAAAAUCAGGUUAUACAAGCGAAAGUGGUGGUGAGAGUAGUAAUGAUCAAAGCUAUGGAGGAUACAUGAUUCAUGGUCGUAGAUGGGUUGUCAAAGAGUAGUUUAGGUACCAUUUUUGUACUUGAAGAAAGCGCCAGUGGAUGUUGAGCAUCAUGUAUUGAUCGGAACAAAUCUGCAUCUCGUGCUCAACAUUGGAGAAUGCAGAUGCGUUUAGUCACUACAGUCUUGCUCUUGUUAGCCCUCGGCUGUGUAUUGCUGUAGUUAAUCUUACGAGACACUAUUAUAUACUGACCAGCCUCUCUUUUCUUCCCCUUUUGCUGUUCUAUGGAUUGGGACUUGGGAGGGAUGGCAAGAGAGUGAUGUAUAGAGCUUCUACUAACCGUUUGGGUUUAGAAAUUGGAAGUUUUGUAUCAGGGUGCCUUGAAUAAAACAUGUAAAAAUAAAUGCCCCAUAUUUUACAA